UUCCCUUGCCGGGUGUAGUUCGGACUUCACCGCCACUGUUAAGCCUGUGCGGUACCGCCUAGUCCACAGGUGUGAACGCUCGCUUAACAGGGUGUGUCAAAGGUGGUAGGUGAUGUCUUAUCAACUUCUAGAACUCGCGCGCCGGGACUCACUUCGCGUUUGACUCACUUCGCGUGCCCACGUUUUCAGAAAAGAGACGUGGAGGCGUGUUGGAACCAGCGGAAUUCUGUAUAAAGACUGAGAAAUCUCCAGUUGCCAACCAAAGCGGAGACUGCCAAGGACAAGCCAAUUGUCAAGACCCCCGGCAGAUUUUGAAGACUACAUCUUCUUACAGCAAAAUCACAGAGAUCCACCUACCAUGGCUUCAGCCCCAUUAUCCGCUGAUGUGAGAAAGGAAGCCAUGUGCCCCAUCUGCACAGAGUAUCUGACGGACCCGGUGUCAGUGGACUGUGGCCACAAUUUCUGCCGGGACUGCAUCACAAAGUACUAUGAAAUAUGGAAAGAAAGUGGGCCAGUGAAAUGUCCUCUCUGCAAAGCUAAGAUCUGGAAAGGGAAUUUCCGGGUAAACUGGCAGCUAAGAAGUAUUGCAGAAGCAUUCAGACUAGCAAAGGAGAAUCUUUGUGUGAAGCAUAAGAAGGAACUCAGUCUCUUUUGCAAAGAGGACAGAGAAUUAGUGUGCGUAGUCUGUGAACACUCUUCAGAACACAGAUCGCAUACUACAGUUCUUAUAGAAGAUGCUCUCCAGGAAUAUAAGGCAUCAUCCACUGAACUUCAGAUGGCAGGAGGACACAGCGAUGAGCUGCUGAAGAUGGUUGAAAAGUUCAAGCAGGCUCAUGUAGAAGAUAACCUUUCAGCAGAUUCUCUGAAGAAUGCAGUGAUCAAAGGGGAAAAGGUUAACGUGACUCUGGAUCCAGACACGGCACAUCCCUGCCUCAUACUGUCGGAGGACCUGAAGAGUGUGCGAUGGGAACUGAGGAAGCAGGACUUGCCCCCAAGCCCAGAGCGAUUUGAAACCAAGCCCUGUGUGCUGGGUCGUGAGCGCUUCACUUCAGGAAGACAUUGGUGGGAGGUGGAGGUGGAAGGGAAGGAGACGGCGUGGUGGUCUGUUGGCAUUGCUAAAGACACUGUCAGGAGGAAAGGACGUACCAGCUUGAAUCCUAGAUCAGGGAUCUGGGCGGUGGGGAAGGCAUUCGGUGACACAUCCCCACCAUAUCAAGUCUUGGUUUUCACUUUGCCUAAGCCAAUCAAGUUGAAGUUUCCACAUGAUCUCAAGAAGAUCAGGGUGGUCAUGGACUACAAAGAAGGCUGGGUGGAUUUUUAUGAUGCUGAUACCGAAAAACGCUUCUACUCUUUUGACCAGGCAAGGAAGAGGAGACAUAUUCCCUUUGCCUCUCUCCUCUAG